AUGGCGGUAGGAGAGUUCAACAACUCUGUCAAUAAUUGCGGCAACAAAGUCGAGGGGCUCAUCGUCUCCGUCUACAUUCAGCCCUGGCUGCCUCCAACCUCCGCCCCCAGCUCCGGCAGCUGCUGCCCCUCAACCGUGCUCCCUGCAGCUCAGCCCCCCUCAGAGACAAACAAGGUCCUCCCGGUGGCCGCACAGCAGAGUGACCCAGCUGGGCAGCCCCUCUCUGGCCCCGGGACCGUCGCGUGCUCUCGGCCCCCACCCGCUGCGCUCAGCCUGCUCCUGCCCAGGCUCCACAACAAGUAUAACAGCGGCAAGUCCAGCACGUACGUCAAGAAUGGCACGUCCUUCGACAUCCACUAUGGCUCCGGCAGCCUCUCCGGGUACCUGAGCCAGGACACCGUGUCGGUACCCUGCCAGACUCCGACCGUGGCUGGCGUCAAGGUGGAGAGGCAGAUCUUCGGUGAGGCCAUCAAGCAGCCGGGCAUCACCUUCAUCGCAGCCAAGUUCGACGGCAUUCUCGGCAUGGCCUACCCCCGUAUCUCUGUUGACGACGUACUUCCCGUCUUUGAUAACCUGAUGAAGCAGAAGUUGGUGGAGAAGAACAUCUUCUCCUUCUACCUGAACAGACCCACGGGCAGCCGCACAGCCCAGGCUUCCCACCGGGAGCGGCUCGGGCUAUGGGCCCAGGGCCCAGGCCAGUGCCCAGCCCCGCUGGGAGCCCCGGCCAGCACCACGGACGGCGCCCAGGAAGCCCGAGUCCCCCUGGACGGGGCCUUCUGGAUUCCGAGGCCCCCGGCAGGCUCCCCGAAGGGUUGUUUUGCCUGCGUGUCCAAGCCCCCGGCUCUGCAGGCUCCAGCGGCCCCGGCCCCUGAGCCCUCGGCAUCGCCCCCCAUGGCGCCCACCCUGUUCCCCAUGGAAUCCAAGAGCAGCAAGACGGACAGCAUGCGGGCUUCUGGCGCCCCCCAGGCCUGCAAACACCUGGCCGAGAAGAAGACCAUGACGAACCCCACAACGGUCAUCGAGGUCUACCCGGACACCACCGAGGUCAACGACUACUACCUGUGGUCCAUCUUCAACUUCGUCUACCUCAACUUCUGCUGCCUGGGCUUCAUUGCGCUGGCCUACUCCCUCAAAGUUCGAGACAAGCUUCUCAAUGACCUGAAUGGAGCGGUGGAAGACGCCAGCCUGCUGUUCAACAUCACUCAGCUCUGCCCUGGCUGCCUUUGUAUCAUCCUCGUUUUCAUUUUUCCUUAUGGCAAGAAGGGCUUCUGUGGGAGCCCCCCGGUUUGGGCCAGCAUCUGGGGACUCACUCUCCUCUCUGACCCCACCUCCUCCAAGCUGUGA